CAUCAGCUGUUUGGGCCAUGCCAGGAAGCAAGUGGGUUUUGGAAACAAUGCCGUGUGGCGCGAGCGGCGGCGGCGGCGCCUGAGGUUGCAGCCCGGGGACUUUCCGGCUCCCGCGCUUUUUUUCCUCCCGCCACAAAGCAGGAGAUUUCGGAGGGAAGGAGCCCGCGAGCGGCGGCGUUGGCGUUGAAACCGGGGCAGCAGUAAAAUGGAUCCUCCCGGCUACUUGGAUGAUGACUUCUCCACUUUGGAUGGGCUGGAGGAUGAUGUGUUCCAUGCAGAAGACUGUGGACUUGCCAGUCAACCCAGUGAGAUGACCUUUCCUGGCAUUUUCACUCAGAGCAAAUCCUACAACUGUCUUCUGGGGAGGUUCCAGCUCUUCCCACUUACACACUGUUGUGGCCCUGGCAGUAGGCAGGCCAGGCAGCAAGACAAGGCAACACAAACACUCAACCCAUCCUCUUCCAGCCAGGAUGUGAUGUUACCUUGUGGAGUCACAGAAGAACCCCAGAGACUCUUCUAUGGGAAUGCUGGGUACCGUUUACACGUCAGCCCAAUUGGUUUCUCAUUGAAUCCACACUUCCAGGAGGAGCCCCAGGAGAGUCCACAGGAACUGCGUACUGAAGUUCAGAUUGCACGGAAGUUGCAGUGCAUUGCAGACCAGUUCCACAGGCUUCACCUACAGAGGCACAACAUGGGCCUCCUUCUCUGGACAUCUUCAGAAAGAGGAUGGGCAGAUCCCUCCUGUGGAUGCUUUACCUGGCGAUCCUGCACUAAGCAAAGAAUUGAACUCAAUGGUCCAAAGGGCCCCUUUCAACUCUAUGCCUCUUAGAAUUCCAGCCUCUUUAUCACUAUAGUCAACACAUGCACUGAAGGGAUUCAAGUAUGACCAACAUUUUCAAGCUUUCCAGCAAAGAAACAACUACAAAAUCUAACCUUUACCUCCUGUAUCAACUGGCUUCUGGCUGACACGGCAGACAUGAAACCAGAAGACAUUUCACACCUACUCUAAUUGUUCUAAAGAAAUCCAGGUCACCCUUUUGGCCUUAACUGAAUCUAAGAAGUCCCAUAUCAACUGUUCAUUCUACCAUAUGUUGUGCAAUUUAUUCUGGUAUAUUAUUUUCUUUUAUUGCAUUUUGUGGGAAUCCAGAUGUUCCACUAUCCUUAUCAGAACAAAAAUGUCCUUAUUUGGUGGGGGAUAUAUUUGUUGAUGGUAUUGAAAAGGUUAUGACCAGAGAAAGGUUGCAAACUGCUGCAUCAAGAAUUCCAGAAAGACUUAUGAUUCUAGUGAAGUGGACAAGAAAAUGGAAGAGGAUUUUACUUUUGCAGAGCUGAAAACAAUAAUAAUAAACAGUAAAAGGCACUUGCUUUCAGUUGCUUAAGAAAAGGCCUUCCCUUGAAUUAAAAUGGCCCAGAGGGGUUUAAAUCAAACCCAUGGUGAAAAUGUUCCUACAGAUCCCCAUUGGAUAUUGGGGCACAACAUUGAUUCUUCUCAGGGGUACAAUAUGGGAUACAGCCCUCCAAAAUCUCUUGAGAAGCACAUGUGGUCCUCAACCCUUCACAGUAGUCCACAAAUAAUUUUGAGAGUAAAGAUAAAGGAGGAAACAAUAGACAUAGAUGUGGAAAGAAAGAGACAAAAAGAGACGACACGAGGGCAGGGGGAAGUCAGAGGUUUGAGAACUCCAAUUAGGUUCUUGAACUGUCCUCUUCAAGGAAGAGGGAGAUUCAAGAUCAUGACAUCUAGUUACAGAAUUCCAAAUGAAAACAGAGGCGGUAAAUAAAAUACAAUGAUGGAUAGUAUGACCACAACAUACAUAUUGCCCAGAAUAUGGGGAAGAAUCUUUGAAAGUCUUGAACAAGUAUGGAAGUAUGGUUAGAAAAUAUAUUUGGGACAGAAAGAGAGAGUAUUAAAAUGCUUAUUUAUAGUUGUAGUUGAGGGAGAGAGAGGGAUGCUUUGCAUGUGUAUUUUGGACCAAAAAUAGAGAACGGUACAAUUUCUUUUACAGUUGGCAAUCAUAGGCCCAACCUGGAAGCUUUCAAAAGAAUUUUUUUCCUAAGGAAUAGUGCUAUUCUGACUGAUUAAAUUAGGAGGAUUUUUGUGCAGUAUUAAUUACCGUAGUCCAAAUAGAGCACACUUGUUCUUUCCAAAUUGCUGUUUCCAAAUGGAAAGGGAAAAAAGUACAAACUCAGUCUGACUCCUAAGUUACUAUCUUCAGUUUCAGGGGAAAUAAGGUGACACCAUAAGUUGGUGGAUGCCUGGGAUAUAAAUAAAUCCUCAUUAAGUGACUAUGUGUGCUGUGUGUGUGUGUGUGUGUGUGUGUGUCUUUCUAACCCCACCAAUACCCUUGCAGUGGGUGGAUAAGAAAUGAAUGUAUUAUAUCUUGAUUCCAGUAAGGUUUUUGACAAGGUCCCUCAUUGUAUUCUGGCAGACAAAUUGGUAAAAUGUGAGCAAGACAAUACAACUCUUGUGUGGGUCUUCAACUAGUUAAAAGAAUGAACUCAAAGAGUGUUCAUCAAUUAUUCCUUUUCAUUUUGGAUAGAAGUGAUUAGUGAUAUGAUGUCUCAGUACCAAGCAUAGUGAUGUUUAUAAUGAUGCAAUAGAAGUCAGAUAAUACUAAAUUAGAAGGAAAGGAUCAGGAACAAGAUUGAAGCUCUAGGUGGAAAUUAACAAAUUGAAACUCAUCAAUGUAUCUCAAAACUUUGGGGUAUGAAUGAAGUGCCCAAAUAUAGGAUGGACAACAUCUGGCUUGAAAGCACUAUAUGUGAAAAGUGUCUAGGGGUCUUAUCGGAUCACAGCAGCAUGAUAUAGCAGCUAAAAGUGCCAAUGCUCUUCUAGGCCCCAUAAACAGGAAUAUGAUGUCCGAGAGAUGGUAGCACCGCCCAUCGGAUUUCAUAUGCUCACUUCUGGUGGGGCUCCGUGGCUCAAAAGGGGUGCAAGCGCCCUCUACAAUCCUCUGCCAGGAACAAGGGAGGCUUUCUGUGUUCCAUUUGAAACCAUGGGGCCAGCAUGGGGGGAAGUUGCACAGCAAUGCUUCCCCAUGUGUGAUGGUGAAGCAUUACUGCCGGCAAGACAAGGCAUGGGGUGGGGGAUUGCCCUGCUGCCCCACCGAUUUGCCACGGAGACUUCCCUGUCAACACUGAGUCCCUACAUACACCUUAAAACAGUUCUGGAUUCCCUGCAAACAUACCUGACCUAUCAGAAAUAUCCAGUGGACACACAGACAGAGUCAAAAACAUUCUCCUCUCCAAAGAAGGGAGAAAGGCACCCAUGCAUUUAAAUUUAAAAAUCAGACAGUGCCCCUAGGAUACGCCUCACUGGCUCCUAAGCUUUUCAGGUAGUGAAGGCAGUCUUUCUGAAAGCAGUUUGUCUGGACCGCUGAAAAACAGCAUCUGAAAGCAGCUCACCGUUUUUCUUCAUAAGAAUGGUUCCAGCGUGCCAAAGAAAGUGUGAAGAUGUCCAAAUAUGUGUAACAUUAGAGCAGCACUGAUAUUGCAGUUCUGUACUUGUUGCCUCAGUCCCACAUGAAAGUUAAUAUAGCAUUGCACCUUAAACAUUAUAUUUUUACUUGUGUUGUCAUCCCCCUCAGGCAAAAAGAUGCAAGUGUAAUUUCUGAUUAUAUGAUGUGAAGGUUUCAAUCAGCCUGGGAAUUAUUGUUGUGUGCCUUCAAGUUAUUUCUUUGUUCUCUCUCUUUCCAUUUUAAAAGAUUUAUUAGCUCCCUUGUGAGCAAAAAUACAUUGGCUACCCACAGUGCUUAUAUACAUAAGCAAAUAGAUUUUAAAAAAAUCAAUAAACAGUGGGCUAUGAAGUAAUCAUUGUCACGAAAGUCUCAUUUAUCAAGGAUGAAGUUAGUGUUUCUUAAAAUCUGUUCAUCAGUUAUCAAUUGCAGGAAUAUGGUGUUGGGAUGUAAAGUUUCUUUCUAAAAUGAUUACUGGAUGGUUGGAGGUGGCUGCUGGUGCAAGUGAUUAUUUAUAUCAUGGAUUCCCAACUAAGGCCCAUGGGACAGAUGUGGCCUUCCAAGGUCAUAUCUCUGUCUCCCCCCCCCCCCCAAAAAAAACCCCUUUAGAUUUAGAGUCACCCUAAAUCUUAAAUGACUUGAAGACACACAACAACAACAAUCCUAAUUAACUUGACUUAAUUAACUUAAUCAGCCAAAAACAGGCCCAAACUUCUACUGAAAUACUAGGAAGUUUAUGUAUGAUAACAUUGGGGUUGUUGUAGAAGUUCUAGAAGUAUUCUCUCCUGACGUUUCACCCACAUCUAUGGCAGGCAUCCUCAGAGGUUGUGAGGCAUGGAGAAAUGUUAACAUUGUUCUUAAUUUUAAAUAUUGUAUAGUUGUCUUAUUAUUUUUGCACUACAAAUAAGAUAUGUACAGUGUGCAUAGGCAUUUGCUCAUUUUUUUCAUACGAAAGUUCCCCCCCUCCCCAAACAAUCGGAGGGACCAUAAACCAGUCCUCUGCUUAAAAAGUUUGAGGACCUCUGAUUUAUAUAGUCAAUAAAGAUAAACCAGUCUUCUUGUAA